UUUAUCUUGAAGAAUAUGUAAAGGAACUGAACCGCCGCGUCACUUUCUCAGUUUGUCGAAGAAUUUCCUGGGAAACAAACAAACCUCUGCCUGUCAAAACCUUCAAGAUUUAACACAAUUUGAAUUCCUUUCCAAUAGCUGACCCUUUUAGAUAACAGUUGCCAAGUUUAUCCAUUUGCCUCGUUUUUAGCAUUUUUUUUCUUGCUAAUUUUCUCGGAUUAGGUUAAAAUUUUUCUAUCCAAUUCGUAUUUUCUCCAGAAAAAAAAAUGAUGAGAAGACAACAACAGCUGCAACAAGAUCAACAGUCUAGAGUCUUUUACGAGCUAUCUGCUCUGGUGUUGAACAUCCUGCGAUCACCGCCGUCGCCGAUACCGUACUCCGAUCAGUCAUCGACGGUGAUUGUGUCGUCGACGAGGUCUUCGUCAUUGACGCAGAUUACACCAGCGGGAUUUGCGUCGUUGAUGCUAGGGAUUUCGUUGGCUUUGAUGCUGUGUGGAUCGGUGACGUUCUUUAUAGGUUUUAUGUUGAUGCCUUGGGUUUUUGGAUUGGUUAUGGUGCUUUACAUUGCUGGGAUUGUUUCUACUAUAUUAGUUUUGGGUAAAUCCAUAAUUAGUUACGCUAUGCCACCACCUUCUUCUCCCAGAAAGGAUAUACCUGAGAUUACAAGGUCAAAAGGAUCAUCUUGGUUAUUGAUGAAACUGCAUGGAACAAUUGAAAAAAAAAAGGGGCUGAGCUCAUUUGUGGACGAUGUAAAAAGGAAAAUAGGAAGUUUGAAUUGCUACCUGAUGAAAUCAAGAUUCAAACGAACUGUUCCUUGUAAGUAUGUUUUAUCUUUCUCUGUGACAGAAUCUAUUAUCCUCUCUGUUUACACAACAUGUUUUUUCAGGAUUUGGGGAUUUGUAAGAAAUCUGUCAUAAUGAUAAUUUCUAUUGCUUAUUCCUACUUUAUAAACUUUCCAUUUUGUUUGGCCCUAGCCUCCAUUAAUCCUGAUGCCCUUUGACAUUUUUAAGGGUUAUUGAUUUGCUACUAUGCAGAGUUAUAAGAAGUCCCUUCAGAAGUUUAGAUAUAGUUAGGAAGCAGCCUUUAUGUAUCUUGGAAAUAUGUAGAUUUUUGUGGUGUAAUUUGGCAUUAUGUGGAUUCUUUUAGGUAAUUGGCCACCUGUCGAUCUGCAAAAAUGCCUUUUUAAUGUAAUUCCUUUUUCCUUUUGGCUUCUCAACGUUGUUAUAGUCUGCAGGUUACCUAAGUUCUUUAAGAUAUGCCAAUUUGUUUGUUUGUUGAGUUCACUUCACAUUCUAAAUUGUGGAGACAAAUAGUGGAAUAAGCCAAUUAUGUGAUUGACUUAUUCAAAUGAUAUGGUUCAUCAAGCCUGAGCUUGAAUGGAUUAGGUGAGUUUGAUUUCUUUGCUCAAGCUCUAAUUUCAGUUCGAAGUCCAAUUUGUUUAUAACCUCAGCCAUAAUGGUGCUUACACAUAAAUUAGGAGCGGUCAAGUUCUACGCAUAGAAGUCAUAGCCUAUUUCAACCAGCCAGCCAGAGAAUGAUAUAAUGCUGUUGGUGCCUAGGACAUUACCUAUACUGUUACAAUCCAUGCUAUCCUUGCUAUUGUUGAGGGCCUUGCCAAGGCUGAACUUGGCCUGCUGAAAUAUGGAUGCUCGCACUUGUGCACGUUGGUUUAACUCUGUGGUUAGCCAAAUGCAUGCCAGCGUUGGAAGAAUUACAUUUAACCAAAGUGUGACACAAUGGGGAUUUGGUAUUGAUGUUUUGAUUGCAACCAAUCCAGGACUUCUAGGCUUGCUGAAUAGUAUUUCCCACAUGCAAGUGUGUGUAAAUUUUGAAUUGUAGGAUUGUGUUGUGAAUCUCCCACCACUCUUUUGGAUUCUGGAGUUGUCUGUACAGUUGCUACAAGUAUGAAUUUUAUCCCCCUUGUGUGCAUGAAAAAUGUGACUUUAUUCCCUUUGAACGUCCGACCUCUGUCAUGCAAAUAACUAAAAUUUCUAGUCUUACUGUUUGUCUCAACAAUUUUUCCGUGGUGCAGCAUGGAAGCUUUUUUGAAGUUAGAAAGUGAUUCAGAAGGAUGGUUGAAAUAUGUGCCGCAAAUUAAGCUGCACUCAUGCCUCCCUGAGUGGUGCCUGCUUUAACGUACAGAGAAAGAAUUCCAAGUAAGUUUCUGGAAGUAUUGAUGACACAGGAAUUAUGGAAUAGUGUUUUUCCAUCCGUUACUGAAACAUGUGGAUAUGUCUUCUUUGUUAUAGACUUUUAGUACUUAACAGUAAAUUUUUGGAGGAUUUUAUUAUUAAUGUAAAAUGAUAUCCCACUCGCCUGAAGUAAUGGGAGGCUUGUUCCCAUUUCUUCCUUGUAUUCAACUUCCAUUUAGUAAGUUCCAUAUAUUUUUAUUUUUCACUUAUUUAAAAGGAAAACAUUUGUAUGUGCUCCUUAUCUGUAAAAUUUUGGCUGUUUGGUACUGUUCUUUUA